AUGCGCUUCUUUUCAAAAAACUCAUCGGCAAACAUCGCCGCCACCUAUCUCGCCCCAAACGGACUCUCGAUCUCCCUCGCAACAAAGAACGGUCACCCUCGACGAUAUGGUCCUGGGACCAUCCUUCACGGACAAGUCAACCUCUCCCUCGCCAAACCUAUCCUCCGUCCCUGCCAAUUGCGCGUCGUCUUUACUUGCACCACUACCCUCGACUUCACCACCGACGCAGGAGACCACAACGACGAAUUAGUAGCAGCAACAUCAUCAUCGACGACCCCAUUAACAACACUCUUUGAGGAAGGAGAGCGGUUUGUCCAUUAUACCCUACAGGCCAUCCUGUCGUUCGAUGCUGAUCUUGGGAAUGGCACCAUCGUCAAGACCUUCACUUCGUCAACGCCCUCCAAGAUCGUGUACAUGCCCCUUGUCUCCUACGCAGCGGCCAUGUUUGGAGGGGCACAACAGACAAGACUUGGAGUGACUAAUGCCGCAGCGGUGGCGACGGCCUCUUGUCGACCAACAUCGAGCAGUGUGCCAAUCCACGAGACGAGUGGCCAGUUGGUGGUUGAGUCCCGGUCGGGGAUGAAGACCAUUAAUGCCUCGGUCCAGAGCAAGACCAGCGUCUGCAUUGGCGACCACGCUUCAAUGGUCCUCAAGGUCGAAAACGAGUCCGACAUCACCCUUCAAGCCAUCCGCCUCGCUCUCGUCCGCCAAAUCUCGUUCCCUUCUUCCUCUUCUCCCAACUAUUCCCCAAAGGUUGCUGGCAACCUUCCCUCUCACUCUGUACAUACCUCCUCCUUUCCCUCCUCCCCUUCAUACAUCAAUCCAAUCUUGACAACCGUCCAUGCCGCAACCAUCCCUGUCGCCAAGGUCUCUAACCGCAACUCGACAUGGACCCAGCAAUUGCAGUUCAGGGUCCCUUCCCACCUCAACUUGUUGCCAUCGAUAAACAAGUCUAUUACCCCUCUCUUCCAUGUCGAGUACUUUAUCGUCCUGUCGCUGCCCAUCCCACAGCGCCAGGGUGGAUUCGUGAGCCGACUCGCGGCUAGUACCCGGAAGCGACCUUCAAUUGAUUUGUCGAUCUUUCACUCUCACUCCUCCUCCUCGUCGUCGUCGUCCUCGGCAGGUGUCACCGAUACAUGCCACCUCCUCUCAACAUCUCCGCCAGGCUCAUCCGACGUCUCCUCCUCCAAGAUGCCCACUGCGCUCCAACUCACACCCAUCCCCAUCACGUUGACCUCGGUACCUUCCUAUGCCGAUGGUCGCAAGUCGCGUCCCAUUCCUCACCAUAUGGAAGUCGAAGAUCGUCCCACGUUUGUCCGAGAUCGGUUUGAGGAAGAGAUGAUCCAGCAGCUGUCGAGUCUUGAGAGUCUCCUCAUGGACGAUGGAGAUGAUGAUGAUCUCGACAUUGACCUGCUUGUCGAGGAGGCCUGUCGUCGCCGACGUCGUCGAGAUGCAAGUUCUUCAGAGGACAGCGAUGUCGAUGAGAAUGAUGACGAAGAGCUAGGCGAAGAAGAAGAAGAGGAAGAAGAUGAGGAAGACUCGCGGGUGCCAGCUCGAUUCCGACAUCCCUACCGGAACAGCUCCCUCCCAAUCCCGAUGUCCAAUAGUGGUCUAGGCACCCCUCCUCCCUCGCCACCGUACCUCGCCAAGGCAAUGUCAGAUGAUUCGAUGAUGGUCCAGACGAUGCGAGAGAGGUCGUUUGCUCGCAAUAUGGCCAUCUCCAACAACUCGAAUGGUGCUCAGCCGCCAUCCAUUGUGACUGUUGCUACUCUUGGCGGACAACUCUGCGCCUAA